UGUUACAGGCGACACGGAUUCCCACGUGGGUGUGUAUCAAGCCCUGCAUAUAAUAUAUGUGCAGGGAAACGUGUAUGUUCAUUAUAAGCGCUGGCAACCAUGAGGCUCUUGUUCCUGUUCGUGUUCCUGCUGUUUUCGAUGGUUUCCGGGAAGAAUGGAACCUCAGAUGUGAUCGAUUUCUCCCAACUAUUAAACUGCAGCGAUCCAUCAUCUAUGCUCGUAUUUGAACAAAAGUGUCUUGAUAAAUACGGCAUCGCACUCAAAGUGCCAUCCUUAAGCGAAAUCACCAACUCGUCCGGAGCUGCAAUAUUGUCUUUGAUAACCCCAGGUUAUUUAGAUGACAUGUGUAGGAAUCUUGACAGUUAUGGGAAAGCGACUGAUUGUAUUAAUAACAUAAACAGGAAGUGUUUAAACCUGACCGACACGUUGAUGACGGCAGACAAGAUGAAGAAAAUGCAAGAAUACGCCUGCGGCAACAAGGACAAGCUCAACAUGACCUGCAUGGUCGAAGUGACGUCUAAAACAGUGGACUGUGCCGAUGUCAGCAGUUACAUAACCACCAACGAUUUCCUUCACCUCAACUUUACUGAGUUGAUGCACAAGAUAGAUUGUUUGUCACCACUGAUGUCGUCGCUAUGUGCCCGAAAGUACAUGCCAGCCUGUGGCGAGGCCGCACUCCAUAUGUAUGAAGCAAACGUGCCAAACAACACAGACUGCUCGUCAUUUGCUACAGGCCCAGACAUCACCAGCGUGGACUGUUCCACCACUGAAAACAUCCGAAGCAGCUACCAUCAAUGCUUAUUGUACAACAGUGUAUUGCUAGAUGUCCCGAAGCAACUAACAAGUGAAGGCACUAGCCAUUACAUUAUGAACGCUAUGGCAAUGAGUGAAAGCAAGACGAUGUGCAGUAAUCUGAAGAACUACCAGCUGGCAGUGAACUGUACUCUGUGGGUACAGGAGCAGUGCAGUGACCACGUGACAAAGCCGAUGGUGGCCGACUCCCAGACAGUGCAGGACGGCUUGGCUAAACUCUGCGGCCACAUCCAGGAUUUCGACACUCAGUGCGUACAGAAUGCACCUAAAGCAGUUUGCGGCAGUGGCCAUGGACUCCAAGCUUUGGAUUCAACUAGCCCAAGACACCUGUGCGCUGCCACUAGUGCCACCCAGAAGUGUCUGGUGUCGGCAGUGAGCGGCUGCGGCAAGACGACUGUCAGCAUGUACGAAGACCUCCUGCGUAGCCAAUCCCCGUCUAUGUGUCUGACCGCUGGGUCAGUCGUAAUUGGCUGAUGUAGAUUAUCAGUUACAGCUUCACGUAGCUUAAAGGGAGAUUAAACAAACACAUGCAAAGGCAACUCAAUUUGUAAGUUCGAUCUGAAUGUAUUAUGACGUCACAGAUCGAAAAUGCCGUGAAAGCCCCUUGACCCGUUGGGAAAUUUGUAUGUGUUGAGUUUGUAACGUAUUUUAAGAAACUAAAAGAAAAUAGUACAAAAGAAA